AUGUUGAAGUUUUCGGUGUUCCUACUGUUUGCCAUCUUAGCAGUGUCUGCCAGCAAAAGGCCACGAUGUCUAAAAGGUCCUACUCACAAGUCCAGAGCCACCCCAGAGACCGACAUGCUGGAAUGCACCUUAUAUGAGAAAUCCUCUUGUUGCCAUGCACACUUUACAAAGGAGUUGGCUCAAUCACCAGUAAUUAAAGUACAAAACACCUACUGGAACAGAUGUGGGAAUCUCAGUGAAUCCUGCGAGAGUUACAUGAAGAAGAUGGAGUGCUUUUACAGGUGUUCACCACUUGCUGCUCACUGGGCAGAUGACAACUACUCAGCUGGUCUUGACUCCGUUCCCAUCUGCCAAAAGUUCUGUGAUGGCUGGUAUGAAGCUUGUAAAAAUGAUUUCACUUGUGUCAAUAACUGGUUGACAGACUGGGAAAUUGAUGAAAAAGGAGAAAACCAUUGUAAGAAUGAGUGCAUCCCCUACAGCCAGAUGUAUUCCAAUGGGACUGACAUGUGUGAGACCAUGUGGGGGAAAUCACUGAAGGUAAGCAAGUCUACUUGCCGCUGCUUGAACCUGAAUGAGACUGAUGCCAGCCUCCUCAAGUACAUAGUACAAGACAGUUCUAGCAGCAGCAGCAGCAGCAGCAGCAGCAGCAGCAGCAGCGAGGAGCGUGCCUGUCACAAGAAGGUGAUCAAACUGGAGCAGCUGAAGGAGGCAGAAGAAGAAGGCCUAGAGAAAGAGUGA